CAGGUCUCCCACUUCAUUGAACUCUGGUGUCAGUGACGGCUUUAGGAAUGGACGAUGAACUUGAUGAACAAAAGCAGUUCACGUCCUUUGAGAAAUAUCAAGACUUCCUGAAUAUUCAAGAGCACUUUCUAAAAGCAGAUCUCUAUUCAGAGCCGUCGCCAGAGGACGAUCGGGAGGAGUGGACGGAGUUUACCAAGUUGACCAAUAUAUUGUUAGAAUAUCAAGAACAGUCAUAUCUUCUUGACCCAUUCCUUGAACGACUUGUCACGCCUGUCCUCGACCGUCUGAGGGCGCACGCAAAAGAUGUCGUCCUGGACCAAAACCUACGUCCUUCUUCAGCCAGACUGGAACGGAUUUCUCGACUGGUUUAUGGAUACAUCAAAUUCCGUGGCUAUAAAACAAUUAGUCAGUCUCGACACCACCUUUUCUUCAACAAGUUUCCGGAAAUGACAGGGAAACAGUCAGGUUUUUCCCUCACCAGAUAACCGAUCUCUGGAUUGUCGUUGGAUAUAUGAACGCUUCCAAUGUUCUAGUCCAUGAAUCCACACAAUGGGCGUUGCGAUACGUUUUCCUUCUGUGGUUAUCGCUCAUAUGUAUGAUCCCGUUUGAUCUCGCGCAAUUUGAUGAGGGUGAAGAUAGUGGACAGACGGCAAGGACGAUUGAAUUUAUUGCGAAGGAACACCUAGGAAAAGCUGGGCUAGAAAGAAACGGAGCUGCUCUACUUUUGUCACGGCUUUACAUGAGACAGGAUACAUCAGCCCAGUUCAUCGGUUUUCUGGAGUGGUCAAAGACCCUAUUAACGAGCACGGUGGAUCCGUUCAUCGCAACAGGUAUCCUACAAGUACUAGCUGAAGUCCUCAAGUCUGGACCUGCAAAAGUUGUACAACUAGCUACCUCAGCCUACUGGUCCUGGGACGCCGCACUGGAGGGUCAAGCUAGUAUUCUCGAUAAUACCGUUGUUCGAAAGCUCAAAACAAAGAUCGCCUCACGCGUUGGCAUGCGGUUACUUCCUGCGAAAGGGCCUUCACGACGUGCUCGUGGACGAACGUUGGUAGCCGGGGAGAGCACUGUCCAAUCUAUACAAUCAGAGAGCGACGACAUCGAUGUGCCGGACGAAGAAGAGACUGUUCUAGAACAGCUUUUCAAUGCAUUACAGGAUAGAGAUACUGUAGUCAGAUAUUCAGCAGCUAAAGGCGUUGCACGAAUAUCGGAGCGUCUACCUCCCGACUUUACCGAACAAGUGCUAGGCACAGUCUUAGGAUUGUUUGCCAUACAUUCCAUGUCAGCCGCUACUCUAUAUGACAUCUCUCCCAUCGCGGAGAGCACCUGGCACGGGGCGUGUCUUGCUUGUGCAGAGGUGGCUCGAAGAGGUUUGGUGCCUUCCGAUAAACUUCCUGAAUUAAUCCGAUGGUUAUCAAAGGCCCUGUACUUUGAUAUCAGGAAAGGUGCACAUUCUAUUGGAUCGAACGUACGCGACGCUAGCUCCUACGUCUUGUGGGCCUUGGCGAGAUCGCAGAGACCCUCAGACCUCGUGCCUUAUGCCAAUGACUUAGCUCGUCAUCUUGUGACCGUGUCACUCUACGAUCGUGAGGUUCACAUUCGUCGGGCAGCCAGUGCUGCUUUCCAGGAAUUUGUCGGAAGAACGAGCUUGUUUCCUCACGGGAUAGAUGUUCUUGGAAAGAUGGAUUUUUACUCUGUCGGAAUUAGGCGAAAUUCUUUUUUGGUCACUGCGCCACAGGUAGCGGUACACGAGGAGUACACUCCGUUCUUGUUUGAUCACUUGCUCAAUGUAACACUGAGGCACUGGGAUGCAACUAUGCGGCGUCUGGCUUCGCAAUCCUUACGGCUGAUAUGCCUAUGCAACUUGGCGAAAUUCGGACCCGAAGGAAUCGUUCGAGCUGCCAAGUUGAUGGAUUCAGCAGAUAUUUCGGACUUGCACGGAAGCUUACUAGCACUGGCGGAAAUCGCCAAAGCCUAUGAAACAGCACAGGCACCAGAUCUCGAGAAUGAGAAACGGAAAAUAUUUGCACAUCUGAGGCAAAUACCUGAGAAGACAUUACUUGGAACACGGAACGAGAUUCUGCUUGCUACUUCCUGUGGUCUCAUUGAGGCUACUAUCACACUUGAUGAGAUUAAUCUUCAAGAUCAAUCGUCUGUUCCGCACUGGAGAAAAUAUUUGGAUCACGGACUGAAACAUCGGGAUGUUGUGGUUCAGGAAGCGGCCACAUCAGCCAUGGGUGGGGUCAGUACCUUGGUGGAUUGCUCGGCUGAUAUAUCAAGACUGAUACCAGAGCUCAAACGAGGGUCCUUUAUGGUGCAACAAACGCUCGGUCGACUGCUCGGUGCUAUAGAUUACGAAAAGUUCCCAAGCUGUCUGGACACUGGUAUCAAAACGCUGCUGAGUUGCGUAGACCGUGCUUCAGGUCCAUUCAGAAGUAAUGUUGAGGCGCGUCGGAAUUGCUAUCAAGCAAUCCCGCUGAUAUUCCAGAACGUCUCGCCCUGUCUUCCAUCUCUUCUGGAACCCAGGACUGUCAAUUACUUGUUUGAUGCUCUUAUCGACGGGCUCACGGACUACUCAGUUGACGAGAGAGGUGACGUUGGCUCUUGGGUUCGGAUCGCUUGCGUGCGGGGUCUGAAUACCUUGGUCGAGACUCUUCUCGGGAUUGCCAACAAUUUUUCUGCACCCGAAGAGUACCUCCCUCUUACAAAAUAUCAUAAAGUCAUCCAAGGGAUUCUGAAGCAAGGUGUCGAGCGCCUUGAUAAUGUCCGAUUAGAAGCUGGUCAAGCUUUUCGAAAUCUGCUAUCAGUCAGCUCAUCUCACGCUCACGAAGAAUGGAGAGUCCACAGUGCACCUUUCCUCACCAGUUUAUUCAUUGAAGGGGAUGCCAAAUCAACUGACUGGAGUGACGCCAGUUGGAUUUUCCCCAGAGCAGUCCAAAUUCUCAAUAUUGAACCCUACAGAAUCCAAGUUUUAUUGGGAAUAAUAUCAAGUAUUGGGAGUUUGACCAGCAGCACGCAUCGCCCAGCAGCAACUAGUCUCGUGUCAUACAUACGAUCUUUACCAGCCUAUUCUGCAGAUACCAGUGGAUACGACGCUGUUACGUUCGCGAAGGACUUGUACGAACAUGCAACAGCGAAUUUGACUUCCAACGCCGUUAUGCUUCCUGUUCUACAAGUAUUCAACAUUCUCUUAGAAGGAGAUGCGUUUGAGUCAGUUAUUUCGUUUGAUGAGGGCGUAGAAAUACUUCGUUCGUUCUUGAAGAAUGUUUGCAAGAACGCGGAACGGCUGAAAAAUGUUCGACGAGUACAUGAAACCUUGAAAGUUGCUGUCAACUCCCUUGUAUAUGCACAGAUUUUCGAUGAUGCGGUCAAGUAUAUUCCAAAAUAUCUUGCUCAUCGGUACCCAACUGUUAGAGCGAAUGCUGCAGAGUUCCUCUUUUUGGCGCUACAGAGAAUGGACUUAGGAAGGGAGACUGAUGAAGCUGAGGAGCUGAUAUUGGAAACAGAAUGGUCUUCGCUGAGUAUGGAGGAGGCAAACAUGGCAGCGCAGAGUGUGAUAGAACGCCUUAAACGGCACGACUAAUCUUGACACUGUAUGUACAUUCAAGCUGUAAGAGUUGUGAAAUAAGUAUACAGCUACUUAGCUGUAAAUGAAUUGACGAGGAC